AUGUGGAAGCGCUGCUGGCGUCUUCUGGGGUCAACCAACCGCUACACGGAUGGCUCGGGGCGGCGGCUCGACUCCUCGGAGCCCCCCAAGGAGUUGGACUUGCAGCCCAUCAGCAACCGCGCCUACCCGGUGCGCGGGGAGCACUGGCAGCCCGUGCUCGCCGGGGAGCCCUCGCCGCAGAAGGGCGACGUCGUCAUCUCCGGCGCCGGUGUCGUGGGGUUGACGAUGGCGGCGCUCUUUGCGUUGCGCGGGUGGCACACGAGCGUCGUUGAGCAGCACGCCUCCCCGCUGAUGCUGCCGCUGCGUGGCGCCGCGUCGCCGAUGCAGGCGGCUGGCGCGGCCCAGGCGGCGUCAGACGCGGCGCGGCAUUCCUGCGGGCCGUUUGUUGGCCUCCAGCACGCCCUCGUGACGCGGCGAGCGGCGGAUGCGCUGGAGGCGGCGGGGCUGUCGAUGGGCGAGCUGCGGCAGUGCGGGGUGGCCGUGUCGGGUGUUAUGGACCACCCCGGCGCGUACAACAGCUGGCUGACGCGUGGGCUGACGGAGCACCACCCGUUCGCCGUCAAGAUGCUGUCGAUGGACCUGCUGGCGCUCCGGCAGUUGCUGGAACUCCACGUGCAGGCGCUGCCUACAGGCAACUGCCGCGUCUUCCACGAGCACGUCGUGGAGGCGGUCUACCCGCUGAGGCAGCAGCUUGUGGUGAAGCCGAUCCGCGAGAGCCACACACAUGCGUGGCGAAUGCAGCAGCAGCAGUGCGGCGGGGUUCACCAAAAAGACGAUGCUGCCGCAGCAGGCGGUGAGGAAGACGCGAAGAGAGAGGGUGUUGCAGGCGCUGUAGCUGUAGCAAGGCGGCGUCCCCGCAUGGAGACCAGCCUCACCCUUCACCGUGCGAAGUGGGAGAGGAAGUUUGCCGCCGCGGCGGUGGAAUAUGACCUGCUUGUCUCCGCGGAGGGGGCGAACUCGAACCUUCGCGAUCUCGUGGACGUGGAGGGGUUCGCCGCGGAUGAAGACUUCGCCAUUCGCUGGUUUCUGCUUAUGAGCAGCGAGCUGAGCCACGCGCACAUCCACCGCUGGCUGCAGAAGCGAAGGGAGGCGGUGGGGCGGGGUGGCGUCUGCUCGCCGUGCCAGGUGCCGCUCGCGAUUGCGUUUCCGCGCCACCACCGCGGCGGCGGCGGCGGCGGCGAGGACAACGCGGCGGACACCGACGACAGGGGCAGUAACAGUUUUGCGCUUAUGGUGUAUGGACCUGCCGGCGAGAUUGAGCGCCUCUCUGAUGCGGAGGUGCUGCGUAGUUUUUGCCCUGACCUUGCGGGGAGCGACGCGACGUGUCGGCUGCGCUCGCUCGCGCGCGGUGCCGUACCGCACCCAACCAUUUACUGCGAGAACCUGUUUAACAGCGUCGGGCUUCCCUCCGCGGUGGUGGUGGGGGACGCGGCCCACACCUGCAACCCUUUUUGGCUGCAGGGCCUGGCGAUGGGCCUCGAGGACGGCGUCAACCUGCUGAACCAGGUGGACGCCUACUCUAAGCACUUUUACGACGCUAUUAGGCAGUACAGCCAGGAGCGUGGCUGCAGCGGCGAUGCGCUGCGGGAGAUCACGGAUCGCUGCCUGUACUAUGAGCGAAUGAAGCACAUCAAUCCCUUUCUGCGGCUCCAAAACAGUUUUCAACGGGGGAUGAACUUGCUGCUCCCGCAGGCGCUCAACGAGUACUACACCGCGGCGUCGGUCAACCACCUCUACGCCAAGAGCCUGGAGGACAUGCUAAAUGGACGGGGGUACACCUCGUACGAGUACGCCGAAAAACAACAAGCAAAACACUGCGCUUUUUAUCAACUGGGGAGAGUCUACACGUAA